AUGGCUGUAAUAAUUCCAUAUCGAAACCGACCCAUGCACCUUCCCAUUCUUCUCAACAAUUUUCAUCCUUUUCUUACUGAUCAAGAGCUAGAUUACUCUAUCUUUGUGGUAGAACAAGUCUCCAAUCAGACCUUCAAUCGUGGAAAAUUGUUGAAUAUUGGUUUUGUCGAGGCUUUGAAGAUCUAUGACUGGCAAUGCUUUCUACUUCAUGACGUGGAUUUGCUACCGGAAGACAAAAGAAAUUUGCAUGUUUGUCCUCAAAGCAAUCCCCGACACAUGGCUGUCGCUAUGGACAAAUACAAUUAUUCGUAA